AUGGGACAACAAUCCGUAGAAUUUAUUGAUGGCACAGAACAAAAUAACCCAGUUCUUCAUAAGCUGAGAAUCAGUCUUGCGACAAUGGCCUCUUUCGAUAAACGCGUCCAGUCUCUUCGCCAGAGGUUUGAGCAAGAUAGCCAACCCCUCUCAAAGUUUACACUCGGGGCCACCAACAGGGAUGGUGUGUUACAGCAACACCCUUUUGUUAUUUCUGUGUUUGCACUUGCUAAUUCUACGCGACCAGGCUCCUUCCACUAUGCUAACACUUUUGGAGAUGAAGUUGACAAGCCUUACGGCACCAAUUCUGUGUAUUGGCUCGCUUCUGCCACCAAGUUCAUCACUACCAUUGCUGUAAUGCAGUGCGUCGAGAAGGGACAGUUGGACCUGAAUGGUGAUAUAGCAAAAGUGCUACCAGAGUUCAAGGAUCCACAGAUCCUGACGGGCUUUGAUGAAAAGAAUGAAGCUAUCUUCAAGCCCUCCACAAAGCCUGUUACCCUUCGGCACCUGUUGACUCACUCCAGCGGCAUUGCCUAUGUAUUCAUGGAUCCGCUACUGACUCGCUAUCAAGAGUUGCAUAAAACACCAACUUUCGCCAAUCGAACCAUCGCAGAGAAGUUUCCUCACCAAUUUCUUGUGUUCGAACCUGGUGAGCGAUGGGUGUAUUCUCCUGGCCUUGACUGGGCUGGCCUCGCUGUCGAGCGAGUCACCUCCAUGAAGCUUGGCGAGUAUAUGCAACGCUAUAUCUUUGACGUCGUUUCUGUUAAGGACGCCACCUUCCAUCCCGAACUGCGAGAAGAUCUGCAAGCUCGUAAGGCCAGAAACUGGGAGCGAGAGGGCCAAAGCUUGAGAGAGCAAACGAAGCCUGUUUACGCAGAGAAUACUUUGGACGAUUUUGGAGGGGGCGGUUUAUUUGCAACUGUGAACGAUCUGCUCAAGAUCUACCAGGGCGUCCUGACAGCGAAGCUACUACGGCCCGAGACUACUAAGGAGAUGUUCCAGCCUCAUCUGGAGAAUAACAGAGGCCUCGAUAAACCAGGGGAGUACUCGUCGCCGUCCCGCAAUGCUAUCUGGAAUACCGUCCCAGAUGACGUCCCCGUUAACUUUGGGAUCGGAGGUCUGAUAAAUACAGCUGCAGUACCAAAACGACGUGGAGUAAACUCGCUUACCUGGUCGGGUCAUGCAAAUUGCUACUGGUGGAUCGAUCUUAACAACGGUGUCGCCGGUGUAUACCUUUCUCAGCUUUUACCUACCGGAGAUGAGAAGGCUAUCAAGCUCCUGACUGAGUUUGAGGAAUUUGUAUACUCGAGUUUGGAUAAGUCUUGA